AUUGCAGCACUUAAUGUCCCCAUUUCUCCAUGCAUUUAUUAAUUCAUGUUCGUUUUAAAAUCCAACCCCCCUUUCAUACCUAUUUAUCAUUCCCAUCUAUUACCCGACAAUUUUAUUUUAUUUUAUUUUAUUUUAUUAUUAUUAUUAUUUUUUAAUGUUCUCUCACAUUCCAGGGACUUUGCUUCUUGUACAAGAAUGAAUGCAUCCACCAUCAUCGUCAUGCGUGUGCUGUUCCUCUUGUUCUAGAAAGUCCACACCUUCAUGUUCUAGAAAAACUUCGCCCUUUCCCUCGAGCUUGUUUGGAGACCAAGAAAAUAUUGUUAUCUUUUUUGUUUUUUUUUUCCCUUGUCUUCGUUUUAGACUUUUCUCUUGCUUUUUGGAUGAGUUGCCGUUUGCCAAACUGUGACAUGCGUUUGCCCAUCUGAAAUGAUGGGAAUGGGAAAUUAUUGUACCGUUUGAAACUUGAAGUGUUCCUGUUUGGAUGAAUAGAAAAUGGGCCCACGCCUGGAAAAUACUAGGUAGAAUUCUCAAUCGAUGGCCCUGCUGCCCUUUGUUUAGAGCUAUUACGUAUGAGCCUAUGACGUUCAGGUGUUCUCGAUGAUUGAUCUGGACCGUCGUUGGAUGGAUAAAACAUCAGUUUCAAUCUCACGGUUGGGAUUGAUGGUUUGUUCCAUUGAGAAACUCCUUAGCUUUAAGACAAAUGGCAGCAGCACCUUCAUACAUGCGAGUUGCGUUGUGCCACGUGGGACACGCAAGCACGUGAAGUGCCCGUGAGCACUUCGUUUCUUUUUUAUUUAAUUUAUAUCCGACGUGGCAUAUAAUUGUUAUUUUUGUUUAGAAUCUUCUGAAAAAUUGAAGGAAAGUGCUACAAUUAUUAUUGAGAAAUAUUAAUUUUUUUCCUUUUAUAUUGUAAAUUAUUUUAUUCCGCUAUUUUAGAAAAUACUUAAAAAUGUGAAUCAUGAAAUCAUUUAAUCAUUUAAUAGCAUUAAAAUAUUUGCUGCGCAGUGUGAUUAAAGACACGUGGAGAAGUGAAAGGGGCCCACGUGGUAAUGCCUACAAAAAUAAAUGAAUCUAGUGGGAUACACGCGGAUUAGUUGAACAGUGGAAGAAGGCGAUACAGAGAAUACAGAGGGAAGGGAGGGAGAGCGUCAAAAGCGUCAACUCAUUUAUAAUUUUUCUUCCCCCAUUUCUGCCGUAGCAACUAUAAAACCCUUGACUCCCUCUCUUUCUCUCCCCGAAAGUUUUGAGGGAAAAUGGAUUGGAGCCAUCUUCAAAUGCAGGAAUGCCCUAGCUUCAACAGUUACUCGUCCGAUAGGCUUGCCGACGUGGCGGCCAAGGUGGGCGAAGAGGAGUGUGCGAGUGACGAUCGGAGAGUUGAUGAGGAUAAUUUCGAGUUCACUUUCGUUUCGACGGGUGAGGUGUUGCGUGAAACUCAGAUCGGCCCGGUUUUCCCGGUUUUCAACCGCGACCUUUUGGUGGAGGACGGUGAGGCGAAGACUCUGAGGUUUCCGCUGAAGAAAUUGUUCAUGGAGGAGCGGGAUGGUAUGUCUUCCUCGUCGUCGGACGCGGACGAGUUGGAGGGAAUUCCAGAGGGAACGUACUGUGUCUGGCAGCCGAAGAAGGUGCCGGACACGCCGGAAAGGUGUAAGAAGAGCAGUUCGACUGGAUCGGCGUCGAAGCGGUGGAGGUUCCGAGAUUUACUCCGGCGAAGUAACAGCGAGGGUAAGGAUUCCUUCGUGUUCCUCACUCCUUCCAAAAGAGAAGAGAAGGCGGAAAUAACUGACAAAUCUGAUCACUCGAAGGAAACGAGGAACUCCGUCCACGCGAAGACCAACGUCGCCGGAAAAGCAAAGCCCAAGGUAAUCUCCGGCGAAAAAGCGUCACCUCACGAAAUAUUCUACAUGAAGAAUCGAGCCAUGAAGGAAGGAGAUAAGAGACAGUCAUUUCUGCCGUACAGGCGAGAUCUAGUAGGCUUUUUCGCUAAUGUGAGCCGGAUGAACAAGAGCUUUCCUCUCUAAGCUCUAAUUUUUCAAUAUAUAUUUUUUUUAAUUUUAAUUUUUUUACUUUUUCAGAGUAUAGCGAUGUGAAUACCUCUUAAUUUCUUUGUUUGUUUUUAAUAACUUUGAGAUUUAAUAUCGACUUAAAAGGUGUGAAAUCAUUGAAAGUAUUACGGAAUAUUUAUUUAUGAAUUUGGUUUUUUUUUGGACCCAAA